CCAACGAUUUCCUGUAGUUGUCGCUUGAAAUUGUUAGUUAACCCACUUUGAGUGGUAUAGUUGUUGAAGCUUACUUUGGGCUACUAUUUUUUAUGGUUGUGCUAAACUUGAGCUUCAGACUAAAUAUAAUAAUGUAUAAUGUGGGCGACCAUAUUUUAACAGCCGCCGAUAGUCUAAAAUAACAGGCGGCAUUUUUGAGUUUCUUGGCGGUAAAUGAAUUUCAUUUGUGGCAACUUUAUUUUGUUUUGCCGACCAUACUAAUUAGAAGACAAACAUGUGCAAUUGUUUUUUACCAACCAAUUCGUAUAAGUUGUUGUACAAAAUUGCUUUGGCCCACGUCAUUUUAAUGGUUGUUUAAAAAAUGAAUUAAGCCCAAAUGUAUUAAGCCCACAAUAUUUAGUUAUAGUAGCAAAAGGCCUAAAUUCCUAUUCCAGAUAAAGAAGAGGGAAGGCACUUUCAGUACUUUCUCUCUCUUUUCACUCUCCAUCUGCGUACCGAGAUCCCUCAUUUUCCUUCUUCCCCAUUGUUGAUCGAAAACAAAAAAAUACCCCCAAACUCAUCUUUCUACCACUGCCUCCUAUUGCCGAUGACUGCCCCCGAUGAUGGUCCCCAGCCAUCACUUCCCUCGACCUGGUUACCAAAAUGAGAAAUUUUGAUUGAGAGGAUUUUGGCAUUUGAGAACCUAGUUCUUAAAUCUCAGGUAUGAUCAGUCAAGAACCUUCACUGAAAAUUCAUCGCUAACCUACUCUUCUUUCUUCUAUUUUUAUUUAUAAAUGUACAUUUUUCUAUGAAGAAAGGAAAAAAAGACCGCACAACAAGUUGUACAGGAAGUGGAAAGCUGUUUUGUGGAAGGUAAAUGACAUUGUGUUUGUUAAAUUUGUGCAUUUCAUUGUUUUUAUCUUGUGAAUUAUAUCCCAUAUAGAAUGAUGUUUAUCCUUCUAUCCAAAUGUUUAAAUCUGACCUACUAUCAUGUGGAUUUUUUUUUCACUCGAUCAUGACCUAAAGCUCCUCCUUCUCUAACUCAUUGAUUUUUUAUCUCGGUUAUCUUUGCUGGCUAGGGGUUUUUGAAAAUUCUUCUUUCUUGUUUCUGGAUUUUAUCAAUUAUUGGUAGAGGAAAUUAUGAUUCUUGUCCCUCAAUGAUGGUGCUAAUUCUCCCUAACCAGUGCUCGUUUGUUUUUCCUUCUUUGUUCCUAGUGAGGUGUCUAUUUAUUAUGCAACCCUUUUGCUUAAUUACUUGUUUUGUUAAGAUUAAGAUAAUUCAUAGUGUGUUUUCAUGAUAAAAACUUGUUUUGCAUCAGUGUCUGAUGGUGUCAUUUAUGGGCUUUUCCCUCAUGCUAGUCUCUUUGCAGCCUACCAUGAACAAGGAUGUGCUGCGGCCUCAUGACAUUGCACGCUAUAGUUUUCUUUUUGCUAUCUCCUUUGUAGUUUUUGCUCUUAAACUCAUGUUGUGUUCUCAUUGCAAGUAUUCUUUCUUGUUCUGUUUUUGUUGGAGCUUUCCUUUUCCUUUAAUAACAAUUUAGUCUUAGACAUCCAAAACAAAUCAGUCAAUGUAUUUGGUAUGUAAAGCAUGAAGAUAUAUAACUAUCAUAACAUGAGUGGCAUGGAUGAGAGCUUGACAACGAAAGUCUUUCCUGAAGUUAGACUUGUAGGAACUAAAGGCAGAUUGGUUGUUUAUGUUUUCUUUUCUUUGUAUUCUUCCAUUUAUAACUAAGUUGCAUGCUUUUACAGCAUCCAAGAAAAGUGGGAGAUAAGCUAGCAUCUUGGUGAUCAAGUUUCAGACUGUUUGGCUCGUAUCUAGUUUACAGGUUAGAUCUGGUUACUUGCUCAAGAUAGUCUCUUGUAGUUGCUUGACAUGUGUUUUUGAAUAGGUUCAACUGCAAAUUUCAUACUUAUAAUAGUUCCUUUCUAUCGCACUGGGUUUUCUAUUCUUUAUUAAGUCCCUGAACCGACACUUUAUAUGCUUAAAUCCUCUCUAACUAACUUUCACAUUACCCAUUUGUUGUAUAAUAAUAAGUCAAUAAUGAAAUAAACUAAAACCACACUUUGCCCUCCUUUGUCUCUCUCCCACUCUCUCUAUGCACUUCACUGCCUUCUCGUAAACUCCUACAAAUCUUGUCAUUUCCUUGUUUUUUACUCCUUUCUCUCGAAUAAUAUUUUGAUAGUAAAGUAUAAUUAAUGUUCUGGUAAUAGGAUGGAUAGAUCAUGGAUGAAGGGAAGGAGGUUCAGUAUAAAAUAUGUGGAGGGAGUUAGGUCUUUCAUGUCCUUUGUUGAGAACAAUAUAGGUCUUGAUAAAGACAUUCGAUGUCCUUGCAACCAAUGUCUAAAUGCGUUGCGCCAGUCUCAAGAUGUUGUGUUUGCACACCUAUUAAUCAACGGGAUAGACACUGAUUAUACUAAGUGGGCUCACCAUGGAGAGACUUUCAAUUCACCUAUGGAUGAUAUUGAUGUGAAUGAUAAUCUUUCUGAUUGUAUCUUGGAUAAUGAAGAGGAGGAUGACCUUUUUGAUCUUUUGGCCGAACAUCAAAGUUUCAUCAAUAAUGAUGAGAACAAUGGAGAUGACAUAACGACUAAGGGAUACGAAGAAUUCAUAGCUUUAUUGGGGAAAGCUCAUGAGGAGUUAUAUCCUGGUUGCGAUAAAUAUUCAAGACUAUCAUUUGUGGUAAAGUUACUUCACUUGAAAGUAUACAACAAAUGGAGCAACAAGUCAUUUGAUAUGUUGCUUAAGCUGUUGAAGGACGCUUUACCUACUGGUAAUUUGAUUCCUAGUUCGUAUUAUGAGGCUAAGAAUAUGCUGCGUAGCCUUGGCUUAGGAUAUAUUCCCAUUCAUGCAUGCCCCUAUGAUUGUGCCUUGUAUUGGAAGGAGAAUGAGAAACUAGAAGCUUGUCCCAUAUGCAAAACUUCUAGAUGGAAAGUUAAUGAUGGAAAAGGAAAGAAGAUUCCUUGGAAGAUUUUACGCUACUUUCCUUUGAAACCAAGACUUCGUCGAUUAUUCAUGUCAAGCAAAACUGCGGUACACAUGAGGUGGCACAAAGAAAAGCGUAAUGAUGAUGGGAAUUUGCUUAGCCAUCCUGCAGAUUCAAAGGAGUGGAAGGACUUUGAUGCAGAGUACCCUUGGUUUGCUGCCGAUUCUCGUAGUGUGCGACUUGGACUAGCAAGUGAUGGGUUCAAUCCUUUUGGCAAUAUGAGCAAUUCGUACAGCAUGUGGCCAGUUGUGCUUACACCAUAUAACUUACCUCCUUGGAUGUGCAUGAAAGAGCCAUAUUUGUUAUUGACUUUGUUGAUUCCUGGCCCUUUAGCCCCAGGAAAGGAUAUCGACGUUUAUUUGAAACCUUUGGUUGAUGAGCUGCAAGAGUUGUGGUUGGAGGGAACACAAGCUUAUGAUGUCCACUCUAAAUGUAGUUUUAAGCUCCAUGCAGCUCUGAUAUGGACUAUAAAUGACUUCCCAGCUUAUGGUAAUCUAUCGGGAUGGAGCACAAAAGGAUAUCUUGCUUGUCCUAUUUGUAACAAAGAUAGUUCAUCUCACAAACUGAAGAGCAAAAUUGGCUAUUUGGGUCAUCGACGCUUCUUACCAAUCCAACAUAGGUGGCGAAAAGAUAGGAAAAAAUUCAAUGGAAAACAAGAGAUGCGACCACCUCCUGUGUUCUUAUCUGGCUAUGAUAUUUUGGAACAACUUGCGUAUGUAACAGCGAGGCCUCCUGGCAAACAUCCUGAGAUUCUUGAUAAGAGAAAACGGCCUUGUGAGGAUUUAAAUUGGGUGAAAAGAAGCAUAUUCUUCACACUUCCUUAUUGGAGAUCCUUAAAAUUGAGGAACAAUUUGGAUGUUAUGCAUAUUGAAAAAAAUAUAUGCGAUAAUGUUGUUGGGACAUUACUAAGCAUCCCUGGGAAAACUAAAGAUACAGUGAAAGCACGAGAAGAUUUGGAAGUGAUGAGGAUAAGAAAGGAGUUGCAACUUGUGAAAAGAAGUGAUGGGAGAUAUGAUAUGCCUCCUCCAUUAUAUACAAUGACAAAGCAAGAGAGGAAAGACUUCUGCCAAUUUCUGAAAGAAGUCAAAUUUCCUGAUGCUUAUGCUUCGAAUAUUUCUCGGUGUGCCAAUGUUGUUGAAGGAAAAGUUACGGGGCUCAAAAGUCAUGAUUGUCAUAUUCUUUUGCAAAGAUUGCUACCUGUAGGGGUACGAGGAGGUAUGGAUGCACAUGUCGCUAAUGUUUUAGCUGAAUUGGGUGAUUUCUUUCAUCGCUUAUGUUGCAAGACGUUAAGUGUAGAGGCAUUGGACAAGUUACAAGAAGAUAUAAUCAUGAUCUUGUGCAAGCUAGAGAUGAUUUAUCCCCCGGCCUUCUUUGAUGUUAUGGUGCAUCUGGCUAUUCAUCUGCCAUAUGAAGCAAAACUUGGUGGACCAGUACAAUACCGAUGGAUGUACCCAAUUGAAAGAUUUCUAAGCACUUUAAAGGGGUUCGUACGAAAUAGAGCUUAUCCAGAAGGUUCAAUUGCUGAGGCGUAUCUAGUUGAUGAAUGUUUGACAUUUUGUUCGAUGUAUUUGGAUGGAAUCGAGACACAAUUUAAUGCUCCCGAGAGAAACUAUGACAUUGAAGAAGAUGGAAACUUGUCUAUUUUCUCGACCAAAGUUCGACCAAUUGGUGGUUCGCAAUAUGUGCCAUUAUCUGAUGAAGAAUUAGAAAUGGCUCAUUGGUACGUGCUUAGCAAUUGCGAAGAUGUUCAACCGUACAUGGAGGAGCAUUUGAAUUCCAUUGAAGCUCAUGAUCUGGUGAGAAAGCAUGAUGUAUAUAAAAAGCAAUUUCCAAAGUGGUUUCAAAAACAGAUGGAAAAUACAUUAUGCUCAAAUAAAGACGAAAGAACAUUGGCUUUGGAUUCACUAUCUCGUGGCCCCUUACCUUGUGUUAACAAAUAUACUGGUUGUAUCAUCAAUGGUGUUAGAUACCAUACUAAGGAUCGAGAAGGCCGCCUUAAAAGCCAAAAUAGUGGUGUUGUUGUGGAAGGAAAUCAUUGUGAUGAAGUUAUCGACUUUUAUGGAGUUUUGUUGGAGAUCAUCAAGCUAUACUACUUAAGGGAUAAACAUGUCUAUCUCUUCAAGUGCGGAUGGUUCAAUGUGGACAGACAGAAGUCAAGAAUAGUAAAUGAUGGUGCAAUUACUAGUAUUCGUGUUGAUCGAUUUUGGUACAUGGGUGAUCCAUUUGUGCUCGCUAAUCAGGCAAAGCAAGUUUAUUACACAAAUGAUCCUAAGUUGGGGCUGAAUUGGAGAGUUGUGCAACUGUUUAACCAUCGUCAUAUUUUUUCUGGAGAUAUAGAGAACUUAGAUGACCCUGAGAUCUCUAAUGACAUGAGCAACAAUGAAGAUGCAUACCAAGAUGAAGAGUUAAUAAAUGUUUUACCGGAGGUUGGUAGCAUUGAAAUUGAUGGUGAAGUAUCAUUGCGAAGAGAUGAUGUUGCUGCAGAAGUGGUUGAUGUUGUGAUUAGGAGGAAGAGAACUGCAUCGGAACGAGAGAUGGAAAUAGAAGAUGCACACGAAGAAGUUGAUCAUGAAAGUGGAAGUGAAAGUGAUGUACCAUCAAUUGCAACUGCACCUGUAGACAAAGAAGACGUUUCUCUAGAUUCUUGCAGUGAAGAGGAGGACGAUGAGCUUGGAUAUGAGAAUUGAUUAGAUAGUAAUAAUGAUGAUGCUUAACUAAUUUAAUACUUGCACUAAUUAUUUUGUCUUUAUUCAAUCGUCUCUUGCAUUCAUAUUUUUAAUCUGAGAGUUGGCUUUGCUUUUCCUUUUUGCAUUAUUAGUAUAAUUGUUUCACCAAAACUUGGUCACUUCUGAAAAGCUAUUUUAUUAAUGCUUUGUACUAUUUGAGUCAAGAUGGCUUGUUAGUUUUGACCAUGUCAUUACACGUGUAUGAACCUAUUUUUCAUGCUAAUUUUCUUUCUUCAUUUCAGGUUAACGCGAUGUCUUCAGGUCCGGGUAUGUCUAGCACAAAAAAAGCUCAAAUGAGAAAACAAGGCAUUCCAUCUUUGAUGAAGUCUGGCUCAAUUCCCAAGCGCAACUCUGUAUCGGAUAUACCAAUCCCAUCUUCUGGUGGAGUUGGCAAUUCUACUGUACUUCCUUCUCCAAGCUUGAAAAGAAGUGCAUUCUUGUCUUCUAAUGCCACGAAACAAGGUAAGUUAGCUAGCUAACAAAGUUAUGGUUGAACU